AUGAAUCGAGAGAUUCCCGGUUUCUACUUCGAUCCGGAGAAGAAAAAAUACUUUAAAAUCCAAGCAAAUCAUGCCGUUCCUGCAGGAGCAACAUAUUCCAAAGAUGCAGUUAAAAGGAAACGAACCGAGCAUGAGAAACAACAACAAAAACAAAAACUAGCAGAGCGCGUUUCUAAAGAAAAGGUUCGCAAAGACAGCUUCUAUCACCAUCCGCUGGUCGGAGGGGAUCAAGAGAUUGGGUCUCGGCUCCCAUCUACUACGACUAGACAGGAUCAGCAGGCUCGUAUAUACGCGAGUCAAAUACAACGAGAAAGGCUCCAUCGAUUCAGACCAUGGCCAAAGGACUUCACUAUCCAGGAUGUUUUGAGAAAUCCCCAGUCUGGCGUUCUCAUUGCUAGCGGCAAUCACGGACUGCAGUCUUCGGUCUCGGUAUGUUUUCCUGACACCGAGAAAGGACGAUGGGCCUAUGACCGCACGAUGGAACGUGUUUUAUUUAAAGAACAAUACAGACUAUCAUCAAUCUCUUUAAGCCACACAGGCUAUCUUCUAGCAACAAUGGACAGCGGCGCAGACGGAGACUCAUUCCUCGCACCGCGUCGUCUCCCAACUCCCGAUGAAACGGGCGACUAUCAAUGGCCUACAUUUUUCACACAUCCCAUUCGCAUCCGCACUACACCUUCACUUUGGUGUUCCGCCGCCUCCCCAGCAGGGGACAAGGCUCUAUUCGCCAUCGGAACCUCUGAAGGUCUCUAUACUCUCGAGGGAUUUGGUAGCCACUGGACAUUAUCUGAGAAGCCGUUCCCCACAGAGGGAGAUCAGGGAUUUCAUCGAAAGACCAACUCCGCACAUGCACAUGUAAAUGCAGUCGAAUGGCUCUCAUCAAAUGUUAUAGCUUCCGGACUUCGGAACUCAACUGUCAUUCUACAUGAUAUUCGCAGUGGAGGUAGUGCAACACGAUUACAACACCAAUACCCAAUUGCAAAUAUACGAAAGGUUGAUGAGCACCGUCUAGUCGUUACAGGACAUACAUCUAUGCAAAUGUAUGAUAUCCGAUACGCACCAAAUGGUAUCCAACGUAAACCCAGACCUCUUUCCCCUUCACAUACCUCCACAAGGCCAUACUUGACAUUUCAGGAGUACGUCCCUAACACGAAUUCCAAUUUCGAUGUUAGUACAGAGCUUGGUCUUCUCGCGAGUGCUUCUGAUAAUGGGAAGGUUCAGCUCUUCUCCCUGCAAAAUGGGACACAGGUGGCCUCUCCCCUUGCAGAGGCAGAGUAUACAGAGCCGAUCUCUUGUGUGCGGUUUGAUUCGAGCGAGGGAAUGGAUAUGAAUGGACCUCAGAUGCCGAGCUUGAUGGUUUGUUCGAGGGCUACUGUUGAUGAAUGGGCAUGGUAG